AUGGAGCCUGAAGACUUCGAUUCCGAGGACAAGGAGAUGUUAAGCUGGGAUAUUAAUGAUAUGAAGCUGCCACAGAAUGUGAAAAAGACCGACUGGUUCCAGGAAUGGCCAGAUUCCUACGAGAAGCACAUCUACAGCUCGGAGGACAGGAACGCACAGCGGCACUUGAGCAGCUGGGCCAUGCGCAACACCAACAACCACAACUCCCGCAUCCUCAAGAAGUCCUGCCUGGGUGUGGUGGUGUGCAGCCGCGACUGCUCCGCCGAGGAGGGCCGCAAGGUCUACCUGCGACCUGCCAUCUGCGACAAAGCCCGGCAGAAGCAGCAGAGGAAACGCUGUCCCAACUGUGACGGGCCUCUGAAGCUCAUUCCUUGCCGAGGGCACGGGGGCUUCCCGGUCACCAACUUCUGGAGGCACGACGGACGUUUCAUCUUCUUCCAGUCAAAGGGAGAGCACGAUCAUCCAAAACCAGAAACCAAACUGGAAGCCGAGGCGAGAAGAACAAUGAAGAAAGCACACACGGCGUCUGCCUCUGUCUCCUUAAAGCUGAAGGAGAGCCCAGAGACAAAGUCUCUUCCAGGUGAAACCCAAAGUUGGGGAAGUUUACCUUUAACUUGGUCUUUCCAGGAAGGCGUCCAAUUGCCUGGUAGUUACAGUGGACAUUUAAUAGCUAACACUCCCCAGCAGAAGUCACUGAAUGAUUGCUUAUUCUUCUCCAAGAGCUAUUGCUUGGGGGGGCCCACUGAUCUGGCAGACCCCACCUCCACCUUGAGCCCCACUAAGCUCUAUGAGAAAUGCAAACUGUCCAGUAGUUGGAUCUAUAAUAGUGGGGACCUGCUUCAUCCUGUUUCUGGAGUCUUCUCCGACUACGAUGAUCGGCAAACGUGGAAUAAAAACACUGCUUUGGGGAGACAUUCUCUUAAUGACAGCUGUUGUCCCAGUUAUCCUUUUCCUCUGACCAGCUGGCCUUAUGACUUCUCCCCUUCCCAGAACUCUGCAGAACCCUUUUCCCAGCAGACGCCACUGGAAACACCUGCAGCCGAAAGUAGCUGUCGCCCAUUAUGGCCAAACCCAGGGGGUGAUAUUUAUGAAGAGAAGGUGCAUGUGGAUUUUAGCAGCUGCUACCCUUCCACCACAUGCCACUCAGCUCAGGAAGACCCCUUUCUCCUUACCUACACCUCCCAUCCCCACCAUCAAUACUCACUGACAGGCAAGAGCAGCAAGUGGGAUUUUGAUGAAGAGAUGAGGGGCGUGGGUUUGGAUCACUACAACAAUGAAAUGCUUCUAAACCUCUGUCCUUUAAGAUGA